AUGGUGAUACUUGAAGGAACUCAUAUUAAUCAACUACCAUUGAAUUUAUUUCUGAUGGGAACCAAACAAUGCAAUGGACAAAAGGGGGAAUAUAAAAAGGAACUCAAGGAAAUUAUAACAAGAGUUUACAUUGGAGAUUAUGAAGACUCCAAGAACAUCUUACUACUCAGCAGUAUCGGCAUCACACAUAUUAUCAUUAUAAGAUGUUCUGAAGAAUGUCAAAUGGCUAGAAUCGUUUAUCCACAUAAAUUCGAUUAUUACAUCAUUGAUUUGAAGAACGAUUAUGAUUUCAUCCAUUGUACGCAUUUGAAGUUUUUACUAGACGAGAUAUUGUUCCAAAAUGUUGAAAAUAGGGUUUUCAUUCAUAGCUACAUUUCCCUUAAGAAAAUUCUCUCUUUGUUGGUGUUCUACAUAACUACGACAUUAAAUUAUGACGUGGAGGAUGUACUCACAUAUAUAAAGAAAAUCGUUCCGGAUUUUUCCAUGACCAUAGAAGAAAGUGACAAAAUAUACUACUUCAAAAAGAGACACAGAUUAACCUACUACCCUGGGGAAUGUACUAACUACCAUGAUGUUACAGACAGCAAAGAGAAAGCUGCCAAGUAG